UCGACCGCCUUUCACUUGCUGGUGCGUACGCGCAGUGAAACUCGCGAACUAUGAACAGACAACACGCUGAUAACUUAUUACUGUUGUUAUAAAAUGAGUUAAGUUUACUUGUAAAAAAUGUGCAACAAAGUUAGUCAUGUGAUACCAAAGGUUUUCAGUUUAGCUUACUUAGUUUUGAUUCUCAAUGGCGGCGGGGAGGCGCUGGUGCUCCGCGCGUACAUCUCCCAGCACGGACUACACGGAGAGAUAGAGUUCGCCCACAAGAACGACACGCUUAUCAGCAUCCGCACAAAGCUGCAGCCCACCCUGCAAUACCCCGACGGCGUGUUCAAGUGGUCCAUACACGAGUUCCCCGUCGACUACCGAGACCUCUCCCCACAGCGGUGCUCUGAAGCCAGUCUCGGUAAAGAACUCAUCGAUCUUACCGAAGAACUAGGUUACUUAAUAAUUCCUGGCAAAGAUCACGCUGAAUUUGAAAGUAAGAAUACACUGACAGGCCGUGACGGACUGUGGGGCAAGAGCAUAGUGCUGGAGACAGCUGAACGGGACAGAAUCAUCUGCGCGUCCAUACAUUCCAUAGAUAAGCUGAACGAAAGACACGCCAUCGCGAGGUUCACAUCACCCGUCUCGGGAACGUUGAAUUUCCGAUGGAUAUAUGCGCAGGAGUUCGAGGAGCAAGACUCAUACAUCCACGCGGACUUGUACCAUACUAAAGCAGUAGCUGAAAAAGUAGAGUUCACUGAACACAAGUGGAAGUUAUUCGUAACAGACAUCUUUGAUUCUGACAAAGGGCAUCAUGAGGACAAUUGCAAUGUGCUGCAACUAGUGUUUGACCCUGAGAAUGCUGGAGACGGCAUGAGUGUUGGUGAUCUGGACAGCCGGCUAGGUAUGGUGAAAGUGGCCACUGACGCUAAUAGGAAGAAAGUGAGGACGUUGUACAAGGAUGAAGUGAUCAACUUGCUGAGGAAUGAUAUGGAGGUGACGAAGAGGAACCUGUAUGUAGUGAUAUAUGACAACAGACAUUCGGAGAGCUUCCUCGCUUGCGCGAAGCUGAGGCCGAUGCAGCCGAAGAGUGCGAAGGCUCUCAUCAACCAGGACGGUAUCCGCGGCGUGGUGGAGUUCACGCAGCGCUCCCCGUUCGACCCGUCCUGGAUCAACUUCCAGCUGUCCGCCGCGGACCAGGACUACGAGAACAACCUCCGCUUCGUGGGCUCCAUGCUGCACUACAACGUGAUGGAGCUGCCUCCCCGGCUGUCUGGUACCGGCGAGGUCGAGAACCUGUGCUCUUCCACCGGAGAGCUGUACAACCCUACCAAUGUGGAUCUCAAAAUGUUGCCUCCGCCAGGUAUGGGUACCCAAGACCAGUACCCGGUGGGCGACUUGUUCGGUAAGCACAAGGAGCGUACCGAGUACCUGACACACAAGUACCUGCUGCCAGGGCUGGCCAACGAGCUGGCCGGCGCCUACUGGGACGUGUUCCUGCCACUGUCUGGAGUCCACAGCGUCCACCAUCGCUCCAUGGUGCUGCAGAGACGCCCGCCCCGCCGUGAGCUGUGCGCCACGAUCCUGUUCUUCGAGCCGGACUCGGACUACCAGAUGCCGAUGACGUCAGCGCAGGUCAUCUUCCGGUACCCCAUCGUGGGCCGCGUCGUCUUCACGCAGCCCUUAGAGCGCCCCUGGGAGGAUACCACUAUCAUUAUUGAAAGCAUGGUACACGCAGACGGGGCGAGCGUCAACAACACGCACGAGCACCGUUGGGCGCUGCACGAGCACGCACCCGGAUCGGACUACUACAACUGGACCGGGCGCUGCCUGUCUGCCGGCGCGGUGCUGGAACCGCAUGGACUGGACAUCGACACGCGCCACCCCGAGCAGUACUGCCGGCAGGGGCUGGAGGGGUUGUGUCGCCUUGGAGACCUGAACACACGACACGGCAUGCUGAACGUGGCAGGCAAGAAGUCAGACAGCGAGAAGCUGACGCGGCGGCUGUUCACGGACACGGUGGUGGCGCUGGCCGGCAAGCUGUCCAUCAUGCGGCGCUCGCUGGUCAUCUACGACGACCACGGGCCCGUCGCGCGCGGCGAGCGGAUGGCUUGCUCUAUUGUGAAUGGACUACAUCGUCGCAAGGCGGUGGUGCGCGAUUGGUUCGGCAACGGCGACCCUGUGCAGCUGAAAGGGAAACUGGAGUUGACCCAACAAUCAGAAUACCAUCCCGUCAAUGUUCAUGUAGCGCUCGACGGGUUAGAGGAUGUCAACAACUAUAAGAUACAUCAGACUCCAGUAGAGAAGGAGCUGGAGUUUCCCUGCGAGAAGACGACGCUGUAUGACACAUACAACCCCUUCCACGUCGACAAGAACAUGAGCCCGCCACCUACUAAAGGAACGCCGGACCAGUACGAGCUGGGCGACCUAGGAUCCAAGUACGGGUUGGUGAGCACGCGAAGCUUCACCAUGAUCUAUAACGAGACGUUACUGUCGCUCUACGGACCCUUCAGCAUACUCGGCCGGUCCGUCGUGCUGCAUAAAAAGACCAGAGACCGCCGCUGGGCAUGUUCAUCCAUCGAGCGCGGAUAUAGCCCAUCCGAAGCCCGCGAGAUCCGCGGCAUCGCGUCUUUCCACCACCCUGGCGGCUUCGCUCACGGCUACGUGCGCAUGACGCAGCUCAUCCAUAAUGAUGGCUCUACCAGCGAUACUGUGAUUGAGGUCAAUUUGCGGCAUCCCGGCGAACGGGACCGGAAUCUGACACACAACCACAACUGGGCGAUCUUCGUCAACCCUGUAGGCGUAGACGCGGCCGUGAAGGUGACCAACACGCGCUGCGUGGCCGGCGGGUAUCGAUGGAACCCUUACUUCACACAGCUUGCUGACCCUCUCAAUCACGACCUAUACAGUCAAGAGUGUGGCGCAGACAACCCUCUCCGCUGUGACGUCGGAGAUCUUACGGCGAGAUUAGGAACCAUCAGCGUGGGUGGCGACCGGCAGAUGUUUAUGGACGGCAACUUCCCCCUGGAGGGCACUGUGAGCGCGAUGGGCCGCUCCAUCGUGAUCUUCGGCCCCGACCGCAGCCCCGAGCGGUUUGCCUGCGCCAACAUACAGCCAGACAAGGAUAUUAUCAAAUAUGUCAAUAUUAUGAAGCCGCCGCAUUUUGUACUUGGAAAGUUCCUAGAAGACGUGCGCAAGGUGAUGGGCGUGCCUCCGUGGAUGCUGGGCGUGGACUCGCGGCGCACGCGCGAGCUGCACUCCGGCGCAUGUCUGCAGGUGCUGCUGCACUUCGCCGGGCCCGACGCGCACAAGCUCGAGCUCGACUUCACCAGACUGCUGGCGUCAGGCCGGCUGGACGCGCCGAGCAUCUUCAUUCCGGGCUACGUGAACACCAAGCGGAAGACCACGCUCUCCUACCGACAGUGCGGGGUCACUGACCCCAACGACAGGAAGAGGAACUUAGAAGGCCCGUUCCUCUUCUUCGGGCCGAAAUCUUUGGAGAAAUUCCGAAGACCGGCGUUGAAAUACCUGGACCAAGAUGACCUGAUGAAGAUAUACAGUGAGCAAGCAGCUAUAGUGGUGUUCAACAACCAGGAUAGUGUACCCCUGUCGAGUGGUUCCUUCCCGCGGCUACGCAAGCUGGUUGAGGGUCAGAGUAUGCUGGUCCUGCCACAAGACUUCCUGGAUGUUCACCCCGACUACAUCAGCAAUGAGACCCAGGUGCUGACACUGCAGGGUCCGUGGUCGGAGCGCGACGCCCAGAUGACGGAGACGUUCGCUCGUCUGCAGGACAUAUAUGGAGCUGGUCGAGUGCUCGGCAUACUGGGUAAUUCAGUAUCGCAGUCUGCGGAGUACGAUAGCGAGUGGAACCGCGUGCGGAGGCAGGCGGAUGAAACUGGUACCAGCGAGCCUGAUGAUGAGAAGCCGAUACGCUCGCAGCAACGGUUCGCGCUUUACAAUGCUACUGGUCCGCCAGGCAAGGGCGCGCUGUUAUAUUCUUCCAGAUGGCCGGAGCUGCGGCUGGCGCCCGGGACUGACCGAGAGAGGCUAAUCGUGCUGUCCAACCCGGUCGGCGAGCAGACCGUGAAGCCCACCCGCCUCUAUACUAUCCUUGUUGUUAGAUUCGCUGAUGGGAAUAGCACUAGCAAGAUAACCAUUGAGUUCAGCUUCAAGCAGGCAGCGGGGUGGUGGCAGGCGGUGGGGGUGGAAGUCAAAUUCGGGUUGGAGACGGUGGGGCUCAACCUGCCAGCGCCGGCGCCGCCCGACGCGCCCGCAGCUGUGCUUGGAAGAGCCUACCAUUGUUCGCUGCCGCUGGUGUACUCCUCGGAUGAAGCUACACUCACCUUGCGGGAUGUUCGGAUGCAAGUGUACAUGGACAGCACUGAGAGGUUCGCGGAUGCCUUCGACUGCAUCGGGUUCACCACCGUGCCCAUCUGGUCCGGCCUGAUGGUGACAUUUAUCAUGGUGCUGGCCCUGGGCGUGUCCAUCUCGAUGAUCAUGGACAUCCGCACCAUGGACCGCUUCGAGAACAGCCGCGGCAAGCAGCUCACCAUCACUGUCAACGAGUAGACCACUCAGGGACGUGCCCGGUUCCCGUAUCUGUUGCUCCUAGAAUAUUUCCCCCAGGGUAAUAAAUAAUAUAACCAUUUAUUAUUCUGGGGCGCAGGAUUCGGGCCUGUUAGCACACUGAGUGCGUUUGCAAGUAAAAUUCCAGUGAAUUUCAUGUCUCAAGUAUUCUUUACUCUUGAUUAACUAUAGUAGAUUGAUGUCAGUCAGGCCUGAUAUGGGACCGAAGUCAACGGGUAGAGACCCGUUAAGGCAAUAUAAUAUAAAUAUGUCAUCCCAACGGGAUUAUCCCUAUAUGCACUAUAGGAGUGCACUCAAAAGACAAUUCCCGGUUCAUGUAGGACUAUUUUCAUCAUUAUUAUAAUUGCGUAUGGCAAAAAUUAUUAUUUUUAUGGAUUAUUAUUAUACAAAAUAAAUAAUUAGAAUUAUAAUUAUUAUCGGGAUAUUACUUACUUACUAAAAAUAAGUAUGUAUUCUAAAAACUCUCACGAAAGACGAAGAAAUGUACUAGGUGAAUGUGAUAUGUUUUAAUUCAAUGGAAAUUAUUGUGUUGGAAGUAAGUGAGUUGAUGAGGUUGGUACUCCACCUCACAACCCACACGAUAGAAGAAGAAGUGUGUUUGGAUAAUUUAGUAGAAAUAUAUGCUUAUACAAUAAUAAUCUGGGAGAAAUGUUUUUGGGGUAAGAGAUGGAUAAACCCAACUAGCCACAGAAGUGAAAGACAGUGACAAUUUGGAAGAACCUCUUCCUGGACCUCUGUCUGUAGCACACAGCUUAGAUAAAUUUGAAAAUACUGUAUAAUUCAGUGAAGAAUGGACAUAUUUUGCUUGUAUAAAGUGUUUAUAAAACUUUGCUUGAAAGCGGAUCUUUGGAAUAUUUUGAACGAUGACGAGUGUGAUUGUAUAGUAUUUACGUAUUCAUAGAAAUUAUGUUGAUGAAUAUAAUAAUAUCUUCCUGUAGUUCAAUAUCAAAUUUCAUAUCGAUAAGAUAACAUUGUUUUGAAUAUUAAUACUACCAAUAUUGUAUCUUUUAAAAGUAUAUAAGGCAAGAGUAGGUAUAAUCUCCUGCCUAUUACGCGCACUGUUGUAAAUAUUAUGUACCUCUUACUUAUUUUGUAAAGCUAGAGCUGUGGUAGCCCUGAGAACCGUGGUAGCCCAGAGAGCUGUGGUAACCCAGAGAGCUGUGGUAGCCCAGAGCGCUGUGGUAGUCUAGUUGGAAAAAUGCUUGACUCUCACUGUGAGUGUGUGUAGGUUGGAAUGCGUAACCAAAAAAAAAUGGAUUUUGUUUUUGAAAUCAUGUUUGCAUCAUGAAUGAUUAUCACGUGUUCGGUGAUAAGGGAAAACAUCUAGCGGAAACGCACAUUCCUGAGAAAUGAGUUGGGCUGGGGGACAGCUGGCUCCGCAUUUCCCUUCGCGGGUUGGAAGAUCGGACAGGCGGUUGUUAACGUAAAAGACCGGACAUGUCAAUAAUUAAGCGAAUAUCAAACAAUAAUGUAGAUGUUCCACUGGAUGUUGUUGCAUAUCAAUACUACUAU